ACUUUCGUCCCUCUCUUUUGCUCUGCCCAGUGCCCACUCUCUAUCCGUUUGCUCGCCUAUGAUAAAAUCUCCAUUUCCAAACCCGUCCACCCUCCUUCGGACGGCGACGGCGGCAGCGGCGACGGCGGAAAUGGUCGCUAAAUUCUUGCUUAAACCUUAUCACCGCCUAUCCUUUCCCCUUUCACCGUCCACGUUCCGCCUCACUCCUCACUCUAAGCCCAGCUCAGUCCUCUUCACUAUCGCCUCACGCGCCGCCGCCACAGACAUCACUCAACUCCACGCCGCCGCGGCACCUCUGCCCUACGGACCUUCGCUGCAAAAGGGCACCAUACCCUCGCAAUCCUUCAAAGACUCUGAUCAGGAGGAAGCAUGCGAAGAUGCGCUCGACGAAGCGAGCUUCGCUCGGGUUUUCAGGAUUUCCGCGCUGCGCGUGCCCGCCAAGGACUGCUUCGCCCUCGAGAGCCGCCUCCGCGGGCACCUCCUCAACUGGCCUCGCGUCUGCAACGUCGCCCGGGUUCCAGGCGACGAAGUCGAAGACGAUGUCGCUGAGCUCAUCGGAAGCCGGAACGAGUCCCGGGAAUCCGGCGAGGGGGAGGAAUGUGAGAAGCUAGGAAGGAGAAUUUAUGGGAGAGCGGAGGGCGACGGUGAGCGAUUGAGCGGUGUUCUGUACAGGGAGAGACUUGCGGAGACGUUCAAUUCACGAGGUUUCGUGAAUUUUAGGAACUUGGCGAAGAUUUCACGGCCAAAGAAGGGGAAGAAAAGGGAGGUUAAUGAGAAGAAGGAUGGAAACAGAGAAGGUAGUGUAAAGAGGAAUAAAUUUGCUGUGGUGGAGGUGAUUGAAGAUGAAGAAAGAGAAGGAGAGGAUUUGAGGGGGUUGCUGGGGGAUGAAUUCAAGGGGAGAAGGUGGAGGGGUUCGACGAGAUUGUUGCUUCUGGAUGACAGAUAUGCCGAAAAAUGCUUAGAGGAUUUGCCUGAAGCUGUCAAGGCAGUGUUCAAAGAAGGCGAAAGAGAUGGCACCAGUUCAAUUGAGCUUGUGUCUUGCAUACUGACUUUGUUCUAUGAUUACUGGUCGAUGAAUGAGAUUUUGGAGGCCUUGCUACCUAAGGGGAUGAUUGUUCCUUCGUCUUUUGAAACUGUAGGACAUAUUGCGCAUUUGAAUUUGAGAGAAGAACAUUUACCAUACAAGAAGCUCAUAGCUAAGGUGGUUUUGGAUAAAAACAAGCCAAAGAUUCAAAGAGUUGUCAAUAAGAUUGACAUGAUUCAUAAUGAUUAUAGGACGAUGCAGCUUGAGGUUUUGGCUGGAAACCAUUCCCUAGUGACUACUGUUGUUGAAAAUGGGUUAAGAUUCAGUGUUGAUCUUGCAACUGUUUACUGGAAUUCGAGGCUAGCGACUGAAAGGCAGAGACUUUUAAGUGGCUUCACACACAACGAUGUUAUCUGUGAUGUGUUCUGUGGCGUUGGACCAAUAGCCAUUUCUGCAGCAAAGAUAGUCAAACGAGUCUAUGCCAAUGACUUGAAUCCUCAAGCAGUUGAAUAUUUAGAAAAGAACAUUGUGCUCAACAAACUUGACAGGAAAAUUCAGGUUUUCAAUAUGGAUGGAAGAAGGUUUAUCAAGUCUUUGUUUGCAAGUGAGAAAGCUUUGUCCAUUACACAGGUUGUUAUGAAUUUGCCAAAUGAUGCUGCUGAAUAUUUAGAUGCAUUUAGGGGAAUAUAUGGAGAUAAACCCAAGGGAAUGAUGCACGCCCUACCUGUGAUCCAUGUGUAUGGAUUCUCAAAAGCUGGAGAUCCUGAGUUCGACUUUCAUGAGAGGAUAAGAAUUGCCUUAUCGGAGGUGGCAGUUCAAGUAGAAAUGCGUAGGGUUCGUCUUGUUGCGCCGGGUAAAUGGAUGUUGUGUGCGAUGUUUACUCUUCCUCGGAUUGUAGCGUUUGCAAGAACAACAACAUUCAAAGAUCAAAUUUAGACUGAGAAGCUGAAAGUUCUCCCUGCAUGCACUUCUUUCAAGGGUAAAUAGUAUAAAUGUAUAUAAACACAAACUUACAGGUUGAAUUGUGACUCGCACCAAUGGAAGGUAAAAGCUUUGUCGAGGAUAACAUGCGAACGAAUUAUAUCAA